GGCAAUGUUGACACGAAAGAAAUUUCAUAUUUUGUAAAAUUUUAUUUAUUCGUUUAGUUAAUUUGUUAUAAUGCUUUCUGUACUGCCAGUUGGUGAUAUCAGAGUUGCAGAUGACUCUGACUUUAGGAAACUGAAGAAUUUAGGUGACGACACGGAUAACUGGAAACUUGAGUACCAGAAAAAUUGCACAUCCGUGUGGACAAAAAAUAACGAGGUCUCCUCAUUCAAAAUAGUCAAAGUUAGGACAACGUUUGAAGACAUUGCUGCUGAAGUACUGUAUGAUGUUUUACAUGAUCCCGAGUACAGAAAAACCUGGGAUCAUUCCAUGCUGGAAGGAUAUGAAAUCUGCGCUAUCAAUCCAAACAACGAUAUUGGUUACUAUGCCUUGAAAAGUCCACCACCUCUUCGAAACAGAGACUUUGUAACACAGAGGUCGUGGUUAGAUAUGGGAAAAGAGAAAUGGAUACUUAACCAUUCUGUUAAUCAUGAGAGUUGCCCACCUAGGAAAGGUUAUAUACGUGGUAUCUCAUAUUUGACUGGUUAUCUAGUUAGGGACCAGGGAGAAAACAAAUGCCAGUUUACAUAUGUAUCACAGUCUGAUCCUAGAGGAAAACUGCCUGUUUGGGUUGUAAAUAAAGCAACAAAGAUACUUGCCCCGAAGAUAAUUACCCGAAUCCAGAAAGCAUGUAAAGGUUAUCCAAGAUGGAAGGCUCAAAACAAUCCCCACCUGAAACCAUGGAUUUUCCCGGAACAGAUGACAUUGCCACGUCUCGAUAUGGCACAGAUAAAACCGCUGGCGGCUGGAGUAUCAUGUGAAUCACUUGACGAAAGUGGAAUCAAUGAAGACGAUGUUGAUGCAGAUAAAUACGUUAAUGAUUAAUAUUAGUAGAAGUUAGGGAAUACAAUUUGAGCCGCGCCAUGAGAAAACCAACAUAGUGGCUUUGCGACCAGCAUGGAUCCAGACCAGCCUGCGCAUCCGCGCAGUCAGGUCAGGAUCCAUGCUUUUCGCUAACAGUUUCUCUAAUUCCAAUAGGCUUUAAAAGCGAACAGCAUGGAUCCUGACCAGACUGCGUGGAUGCGCAGGCUGGUCUGGAUCCAUGCUGGUCGCAAAGCCACUAUGUUGGUUUUCCCAUGGCAUGGCUCAUUUAUUUUUUGAAGACAUUCCUAAGCCAUCUUGUAAAAACUGUUUGUUUGCUGUGCUUAGAUCAACCUGCCAAAAUUGUACCUUCCUGAACUUUGUUACCCCAGAAACCAACAUUUGUUAAGAACAAAAGGACAAAAAUCCUGUUUCCCUUUUCUGUAAUAAUAACUUUAGCCAAUUGCAGUAAUGGUUUAACUUCUGAAAUAAGUCAUGAAAAAGACACAUUGCUUUAUUAUUAACACAAGUCUAACUUCAAUUUGCUCUCUCUUUAUUUUAAGUUAACCCUUUACUGACUGAAGAGACCCGCUUCCCUACUGGCAUACUGUGAAAAAAAAGAGAAAAAUACGUACCUGCUAUACCCCUACUCUUACCCUACCCUUCCAUAAAAUUCUCUGACACCCUUCAGAAUUCUGGGUCAAAGCACAGCAAUCAACUCUUUAAGACUGGCCCUAUUGCCAAUGAUCUUAACAGAAAUGACUUUUUUUCAAUAUAAUUUGUUAGUUUCAUGCAUACUUGUUACUCUCUUCAAGCUUUUUUGUUAAUGAGAAAAUUUAUAAUAUAUCAUGAGAAUUAUAUACAAAGCUCAUUCCAUUGCUUAGUUGUAUACAUCUCUAUUAGUUUUAGCUUCUUAUGUAAGCCGCGCCAUGAGAAAACAAACAUAGUGGUUUUGCGACCAGCAUGGAUCCAGAAGACCAGCCUGCGCAUCCGCGCAGUCUGGUCAGGAUCCAUGCUGUUCGCCAACAGUUUCUUUAAUUGCAAUAGGCUUUAAAAGUGAACAGCAUGGGUCCUGACCAGACUGCAUGGAUGCGCAGGCUGGUCUGGAUCCAGGCUGGUCGCAAAUGCACUGUGUUGGUUUUCUCAUGGCGCGGCUCAUCUCUUAUUAGUUAUAGCUUCUUAUGUUCAUUUUUUGUUUUUCCUUGAUGCUAUUCAGAGUAAGAAAUACAUGUAUGGUCUAGGCAUUAGAAUAGCAAAAUUCCCACAUUUAGUGAAAUUACGAAGAUCUCACUUUCAGUGACAUUAUUGGGCAUUUUUUGUUUAUUUUGAAAGUUGUUGUCAAGGCAGUUCUGUUUGUUCAGAUCAAAAUUCUUUCUGCAUUUACUUUUAUGACAAUAUCUAGAAAAAAAUUGUUAUUAGAUUUAGUCUAUAGAUAGUAAUUUUGCAAGCAUUAUCAGACAACAGAAGUGUGGCCAUUUAAUUAUUUGUGGCAUGAUUUAUAUUUUAGUUUGCAUUCUAGAUUAUCCUUACACAGUCAUAGCUUUAUUAAGCAGCCAGUCAAGGGAGUGACACAGUCUGGCUUAUUAAAAUUGGAACAAAAAAGUCACUUUGGAAAGUUGGCUGUUUAAGACAAGUGGCUGCUUACUACAGGUGAUGGCUAAGGCAGGGUCAUGGUAAGCCAUGAAUCUUUCAGUAACUAACAUGCAGAACUACCUUAUGUUAAAAAACAGAAUAAUGAACUGAAAAUAUGCAUAAUUUGUGUUUUCUGUCUCUUGGUAUAUAUGGCAUCAUUAUGAAAAGAUAUUUCCAUCAGUGUAUUUAUGCAAGUAAAAUUUGUUAAUGUGUACCUGGAAAUUAUUAAUUUUGUUAGCAUUCAAUUUCAUGGUUUUAACCAGAAAGGAUUUUUCAUGGGGGCUUAAAUUUGUGGAUUUCAAAGUUAAAUGAUAUAAAUAGAAGCUUUAUUUGAUUGUUUGGAUUUAAUAUUUGUCAAUUUACAUAUCCACAAUUCCACAGAAAUUAGUCCCACACAAAUAUUUCACAGUAGCUGUUAACACACUUGUCAUCAUCUUCUUUAUGGAAAACAAAAAAGAAAUUUAGAGAGAUUUUAUUCGAAAAGGUAAUUUAUAUUAUUGUAAUUGAAAAUGAAAUGACAUUGGGUAGAAUGCACUUUAGCGGUCCCCGGAAGUUUACAAUGCGCAUGCGCAGCAAAUUAGGGUGUGUGGGAAAAGCAGGGGUGUGGGGGCAGCAGCUCCCAAACAUAUUCAUCUACAAAUAAAGUUACCGCUUAUAACUUUUAAUUGUUAAGACAUUUUUGAACUACUAUUGUUGUAGGGACCGAUAAAGUGCAAGUGCUCCAUGACAUUGUAAGUUAGUCCUUGUUAAAGAUGUAAGGAGUAUCUUGUAAGCUGGGUCCAUAUUUAGAAGGGUUUUAAAUCAGAAAGUCAGACUUCAAAGUGCUAAAUUUUCUUUUUGCUCUGUUGUUUUUAAAUUAAAACCAACGGUUGAAUAUUCGUUUUGCAGCUAUGGACUGACCUGAAAAAUUUCAUUGCUCUAUAUAAACAAAAUUUGGCAACCUGAAGAUUUGGAGUUCUAAAUAUAAUAAGUAAGUUUCAGACUUGAAAUUGAAUGAAUACAGACCCUGAAGCUUGUAAAAAGCCAGAAUUUAUAUUAGUUUUAAUAGAAAAAAAAUCAAGAGAAAUAUGGCUUGUAGUAUCACAUAGAAAAGCUUUAUUAAAACAUAAGAAUAGUACUAAUGCAUUAAAAAGAGCUUUAUAAUUUGCUUAACAAUAUAGUGCACAGACACACUUAACUUUUUUAAUGAACUUAUUUAUACACCUGCAUUUGAAAUAUUACUCUACACAUUUAACUCCAUUUGAAGUAUAUAUUAUGUCUGUUGUAAAGUACUGACAGCAGUUUGAAGUCUUUUUCACUAACUAAACCUGUAAUCAUACCAGAUAUAGCAUGUACAUUUGACUCUAUUUGAGCCGCGCCAUGAGAAAACCAACAUGGUGCAUUUGCGCAGGCUGGUCUGGAUCCAUGCUGGUCACACUGUGUUGGUUUUCUAAUGGUGCGACUCAUUUAUUUCUUAGUUCUAGGGACAUUGCUCCUAGAAAAUUAUGAUUUAAAGAAUCAGCUGAAGAAAAGAAAAUGUUUACAUUGUAAGGUGUUUAGCUGGUUUAAUUUUUAGAUGAUAAAAUAUCUUGAUAGUAAAACAUUUAGAUGGUAAAAAGUUAGAUGGUAUAAGGUUUAGAUGGUUAAAUGUUUAGAAGGUUAAAUUUUUAGAUGGUAUAUUUUUUAUGACUCUGUUAAUCUUUUUGUGUUUUUCCUCCUGUUUCAGUCAGCAUUAGCUGGUGCCAAAGGUUGAUUGUUCUUUUGAUUUCCAUGAAACUUGGUUAGUAAUUACUUACUGUUAUUUUGAUUUAUUUGUGAUAAAGUGUCAGGCCAGGCCUGUCAGAGACAAGGCCUUGUGUUGUAUGUGAAAUGUGUAAGUUUAGUAUGUUUGUUAACUGGUAAUUAUCCCCCGCCGAUGAAAUCGGGAGGGGGGUAUUGAAAUGGCGUUGUCCGUCCGUCAGUCCGUCAGUCCGUCCGUCCGCAGCCAUUUCUCAGUAACUACUUGGUAGAAUUUCAUGAAACUUGAAAUAAACAUGAACUAACAUACUGCGAUGAUGCCCGUCAAGUUUUUUUUUUGAUUGGUCAAUUUCCCUCAGAGUUAUUGCCCUUGAUUUAAUAAAAAAUGUCCGUCUGCAGCCAUUUCUCAGUAACUAACAGGUAGAAUUUCAUCAAAUUUGAAAUAGACAUGAACCAAGAUACUGUGCUGAUGCCCGUCAAGUUUUUUUUUUGAUUGGUCAAUUUCCUUCAGAGUUAUUGCCCUUGAUUUAAUAAAAAAUGUCCGUCUGCAGCCAUUUCUCAGUAACUAACAGGUAGAAUUUCAUCAAAUUUGAAAUAGACAUGAACCAAGAUACUGUGCUGAUGCCCGUCAAGUUUUUUUUUUGAUAGUUCAAUUUCCGUCAGAGUUAUUGCCCUUGAUUUAAUGAAAAAUGUCCGUCUGCAGCCAUUUCUCAGUAACUAGCAGGUAGAAUUUCAUCAAACUUGAAACAGACAUGAACCAAGAUACUGCGACGAUGGCCUUCAAGUUUUUUUUCGAUUGGUCAAUUUUCCAUAUAGUUAUUGCCCUUUAAUUGUUUAAAAAUCCACAGAUCUGUCCAUAACAAACCAACCAAUUGGAAGAAUUUCAUUAAACUUCUUUCAUUCUUUUCCAUGAACAUUUAUUAUAAACAUGUGAUGUUGUGUACCUACACCUGGUCACCACCUUACCUUGGUCCCCCCCACCCCCCAUCCCCCAUUUUUUUUUUUUUUUUUUUUUUUUUCAUUUUUCAUUUUCUAUCAAUAUUUAUAAUCAACAUGUAAACUGUUGUAUCCUCACCCCACCCCCCCCCCCAGCCCCACCCAAACAAACCAUUCAUUUUCUUUUAAUUUGAUUUUGACUAAUGAAAUUGUUUGCUUCUUGGUAACAUUCUUAACUUUUUGCUGGAUAUAUUUUUUUGCCAUUCAUCAACUCUGACCCUUUCGGCGGGGGAUUACAAUUCAUCGAAUUUGCUUGUUCAAAUUUAAAAUGAAAAGAAUACUUCUGUUCCUAUUUCGAAUAUGUUUGAUAUAGUCAGCUUCUAGUGUACUUUCUUCUUAAAUGAGUGUAAUGAUCUCACAUUUGUUUGUUCUCCAAUUUGACCUCUUAUUAUUGCAAGAUUCUUACUUGUCUUACCCCAAAUUGUGCAUAAUAUUUUGAGAUUCUUGACAUAUAUUGACUGCAAACCUUGUAUAUGAUUUUGAUAUUCGUAAUCAUUUGGCAUCAGAUUUGAGUCAAACAUUUAAAAACUACGGUUGUUUGACCUUAAAUUACAAUUUUUGAUUUUGCUACAUUUGAAGGAGCUAGGCUAUGUCAUAUGGUUUACAUUUGAAGCUUCCAUUAAGUUUAGUGCCAUAGUUUCUUUAUUCCUUUCUUGUGAGAAGUUGAGGUUUUAUUCUUUUCACUUGAAAAAUGGAGAUUUUAUUCCUUUUCAAGUACAGAUACCUUUUAACCUCUGUUAAUGACACCUUCAAACAUCAAGUACCAUGCUACAAAGACAGAUGUUAACAUUUCCGUAACAAAAACUUCCUAACCCUGCUAAAUUUCUAUAAUGAACUCGUCCAUCUUUCAAUUUGGACAGCACCAUUAACUGUUCAAAGGGGUGCUUACCAAAAAAAAUACUGACUGAAAGGCGAACAGCGCAGAUCUUGAUCAGACUGCAUGGAACUACACUGGGCACAAAGGCAGAAUCAAUCAUGUCCAGCUUGGUAAGGGUUAAGAAAAAUACAGUAGUUUGAAAUUAAUGUUUGAAUCGAAAGCAGUUUAUGUGAUAUGACUGGUUUUGAAUGCCCAAUAGAAAAUGUGUAUGUGCAUUAUAUGUAUAAGGUGGUGAUUUAUGUAUAACUCAGUAAAAGACAAUCACCAUCUGAGCCGCGCCAUGAGAAAACCAACAUAGUGGCUUUGCGACCAGCAUGGAUCCAAACAAGCCUGCACAUGUGCACAGUCUGGUCAGGAACCAUGCUGUUCGCUUUCAAAGCCUAUUGCAAUUAGAGAAACCGUUAUCGAACAGCAUGGAUCCUGACCAGACUGUGCAGAGGCGCAGGCUGGUCUAAAUCCAUGCUGGUCACUCCGCGCAGGCAGGUCUGGAUCCAUGCUGGUCGCAAAGCCACUAGGUUGGAUUUCUCAUGGCACGGCACAUCUCAUCUUUUGUUUCUGCUGCAACUUGCGUAUUGUUAAAUCUGUUAAACAUUUUUCUUUAUUGUUGACCAACAUUAUUUUGUGCUAUAUACUUGUCAGAACUGUCUCUAGAAAGAGUCCUGUCUUAUUUUGGAAUUAAAACUGUUCAUUUGUGUUCUGUUGCAACAUUUUGAAUAUUUGCUUUAAGUAUUAUCUUCAAUUAUUUUAUUAUUACCAAAAUUAUUUUUGCCAAAGUGUUUCCCACUUGUCAUACAUUACCGGUAUAUGUAGUUGCAGUAGUGAUAUUUACUGGUUGUUUGAAAAUGUGUUCUGUUCAUCAGACAUUAUUUUCUUAAAAUCUCAACUUUUAGAUAUAUUCAUAUGAUUCAUGUAUGUCUUGACACUUUAGCUGUGUAGAUUACAUGUAUUUAGCUAGGUCUUUAUACACUUUAGAUGUGUUCUGGUGAUUCUUCACAGGUAUCUAGUCCAAGAACUGAAAUCCACAUACUGUGUUAGAUGUACAUGUUUUAUAGAUACAUACAGUUAUUUAUUUAAGUUUAGCUGUUGUUAAUUGUGACAAUUUAAGAAAAGGUAUUAUUAUAAUAAGCUAUUAAAUGUACUUUCUUUUGUAGUCCUGCCUUGGAUGUUUGUAACAUUUUAAGUGUUUUUAAUAAGUUUGAAUGUACAGUCGAUUCCACUUAUUUGAAUACUAGUUAUUGGAAUAUUACGCUUAUUUGCAUACAGAGUUAAUGUUUAUAUUUUACUUGUUAGCUCUUCUGUACUUUAAGAUAUUUUUUCUGGGUCAAGUUUUGGAAUAUUUUACCAAAAACCCAUGUCUCUUUAUUUUGGCUUGUGUAAUAGUUACAAUCAAAUGUGUAUUAUAGUAAACUAUUAUAUCUGGUCUAAUUUUUGUAAGUUUGUUUCGGUGUCAAAUUACUGUUUGCUUCACCUUUUUCAGAACAAGGUUUUUACUGAUAUUUCUUUAAAUAUAAAUUAAUACCAUUGAUAUUAUGAUCGUUCUAAAGAAUAGUAAGGUUGGUAUUAGGAUCUUUUUAAAUUUUCAAAAAAUCUUUAUUAGUUUUGACUUUAUUGUCAGAUAACAAUUUGGAUCGCAAAUUUCAACCAUCUUUGACACCAAAAAAUUGAAAUAAGAAUUAAGUUAUUACUUUAUUUUUAAAUGAAUUGUUAUAAACUUUCAGGAUAUCUUAGUUAGCAAUUUUUUUUCAAAAUUCAAAAAGAUUCCCAACUGCCUUGAGACCUUCAGAAUGAUGUAUAGUUUGCAUCUGGAUCUUGCAAAGUAAAGCUGCAAUUAACCAGAAACCCUGUUAUGGAUUAGGUAGGUCAAACAGUAGACCAGUUAUUUACCAUGUCCAAUAAAUCCCAAGGUAUUGUAUUUUGUGUUGUUCACAUUAUAGUGAUCUGUUCAGCAACUGUACAAUUUGCAUAAGAUUGAAAUAGAUGCCAUGAUAGAACAUAGCUCAAAAAGAUGUCAUUUAGACUUCUAGUAUCUAGGUUGUGAAUGUUUCUGUGUGUCAAGUUUUAUGGCAGUCAAUGUGAGGGUCAGACCAUCAGUGUGUCAAGAUAUAUGGCGGUGUGUCAAGGUUCAUGGCGGUCAGUGUGUGUCAAGGUAUGGUGGUCAGUAUGUCUAGGUUCGUGGCGGUCAUUAUGUCAAGGUUUGUAGGGCUCAGUAUGUGUAAAAGGUACCUGGGGGUCAAGGUUCAUGGAGGUCAGUGUGUGUCAAGGUACAUGGUAGUCUGUGCAUGUCCGAGUUCAUGGGGUUCAGUGUGUGUCAAGGUUCAUGGGGGUCAGUGUGUGUCAAGGUACAUGGGGAUCAUUGUUUCAAGGAACACGGAAUUUGAUGUAGAAUGAAUUGAUUUAAACUAAAAUUUAAACCGAGUGGUCUGGGUCUAUGUUGUAUAGGUUGAGGUUAAUUGGUAUAUCGUAAUGGUUUUAGUUCGGUAGUUUUAAUGUGAAAAAGACUUUAUGACAAGCGCGAAUGUCAAGGUGAUUAAAGUGAGUUUUGUUAUACUAAUACAGUGAAACACUGAUAACUCUGAGUUAAAAGGGAAUGAGCAAAAUAGUUAUCCAGAGGCUCGAAUAAUUGAAAUGUAGCAAAUAUAAAGGAAAGGGCUGUGAAUUAUAUGAAUUGCUUGAGUCUGCCCCGGUGACCAAGUCAUCAGUGCUCAAGCAAGUUAUGUUUCACUGAAAUGCUGAAGUAGUUUGAUCGAGUGUUUGUGCCAGGUUGAGAAAUAUUCAGUUUUUGAUUAAGUGACCUGUGCAGUUACAAGGAGUAGUGCUGAUUUUGUGUAUGUGCUGUUAUAGGGAUAUGUUGCUGAUGUUCUAGUAAUAAUAAAAUCUGAUUAUUUUGAAAAUGCAGUAGAUGACUUAGCAUUUUCAUGCUAAGGGUAUUUAAAAUACUAGUUGAAUCAAAGUAUUUCAAUAUAGUGUUUGAAGAUAGUUUGCCAUGAAUACUAUCAUGUCAUGAAUAUUUGACUUCAUUUUUUUGACUUCAUUUACCCUUCUACUCAAGAUUUCAUACAAGUCGAGUAGUUACUGAUACAAAACUGUAAUGUUUAUUAUUUAAAAUUUUAAUUAUUAUUUUCUAAACAUUCCAUAAAUUCUUACUUGGAACAUAUAGAAGGGACCAUCAUGAUACAUGUACACUGAGCUGUAUUUGAUAUACUGUGAUUUUUUGUUGUUAACAUUAAAUUUCGUGGUUUCAGCGAAAUUGGCUUUUUCAUUAGGCCAAAAAUGUGUACAUUUUUAAGAUAAAAAUGUUAAAAUUAGUUGUUCAUUGAGAUUUGAUUUCAUGAAUUGAUGCAAACAGGAAAUCUACAAUUUGUCCCCCACAAAUUUUAAUGAUUUCAUGGUAUAUGAGCCGUGCCAUGAGAAAACCAACAUAGUGGGUUUGCGACCAGCAUGGAUCCCAAUCUGACUAAAGUACAUAUCCUAUUACGCUACGCAUAGGAUCUGACAACGAGCUAUUGAUGGCCUCGUUCUGAUAACCCUUCCGCUAGCCAAUCAAAAGCUACCUUACAGCAUUCUGUAAGCUUUAUAAAGACUUGGGUUUUGAUAUCAUAAAAUUUCUAUGUCAAAAGAUUUCAGAUAGCCGGUUAGCUCAGUCGGUAGGGCAGUUGCUCUUCAAACAAGAGGUCCCAGGUUCGAGCCCUGGAUUAACCACAUUUUUUUCUUACACUUUGACAUUCAAACAAGUUGUCUGAUUGGUUCAAACAAAAAUAAAAUUGCGAAAAUAAAAAUAGCAAUAUUGGAAAUCCAAAAUAUACAGAAGACGAAUGUGAAUGGGUCGUUCUCAGAUCUUCGUUUAGAAGAUCAAGUACUUUAGUCAGAUUGCAUGGAUCCAGACCAGCCUGCGCAUCCACGCAGUCUGGUCAGGAUCCAUGCUGUUCGCUAACAAUUUCUCUAAUUACAAUAGGCUUUGAAAGCGAACAGCAUGGAUCCUGACCAGACUGCGCAGAUGCUCAGGCUGGUCUGGAUCCAUGCUGGUCGCAAAGCCACUAUGUUGGUUUUCUCAUGGCACGGCUCAUAUAUAUUUUCUGAUCGUAUUACUUGUAAAACAGUUUAAAAUGUCUUUUUUGUGUUGUUGUUAAAGGUUAGUGUUUUUGGGUAAAAAACAUUAUAUUUUACUCGAUUUUACAUCACUUUCAUUUUUCAUAAAUCCAUGGGGAGUAGAGUAGAAAAAUAAGCUGAUAAUUUAAUUUUAUUUGAGGCCAGUGUAUUUCAAUAUAAUAAUAGUUGUCAAAAAUAAUAAGAAGAAAUAAUGUUUUGUUACGACAGAAUCCAUUCUUGUUGAUUUUUAUCCUUGUCUGUUUAAUUCAUGGAAAGGGUGUACUUCUGUAAAUAGUAAAAAUAAGUGGUGAACAUUUUUUCAUCACUAAACUUAAAUGAUUGGAAUGUUUUGCCGUUCUUUUUCUCUUCAACGGACUGUGAUAGACAUUGUGACACAACUGUUUAUUUCAGAUAACUUAUGCUGUGAAGUUUAUUUACAUAUAAACACGAUUUCAAUUUUUGUAUGCUGCAAUUAAGCCAGGAUUUUUGAGGGUUUUUUCUUCGAUAAAUUUACACUUUAAAUAGAUGAAUUCCUUGAAAUAAAGUGAGGCUAUAAACAUCUAUUCUGUGGUUAAGCCUUUCAAAACAUGAUCUGUGAUAAUAGUGAAAUGUUUAGAGAAAGUUGGAAUUUUAAUAUAAAAUGACUAGUUCUCAUUUUUGCUAUGGUUGUGCUUUGUCUGACAAUCUGUCUAUUUCUUGUAUUAUUUGAUUGUGUCGAUGAGAAGUACAAUUUGUUUAAUACUAUCAUGAAUGCUUUAAUUCAUUCUUCAGAUUGUCUUUGUUCAGAAACAAAGUCAGGUAUAUACCGUGUCAGGGCAGAAGAUAUAUUUUCGCAAAUUUUAAGGAUUUCUUUCAUUUGGAAGCACUGCCAAAAAAUGCGUUAUUGUAAAAACUACUUAUUAUAAACAAAAUUCUACCUCUCCAGUUUUUAAAUAGUAAAUAUUUGUAUAUUUUUGGAAAAGGGUUGAUUAAAGCUUCUGUUGGUUGCUUUUCUAUGGUCACUGUUGCACUGUUGUUGUUGUUUUUUUUAAAAAUUACUCAUCAAGGAAUUGCUGCUAUACAUAAAGUAGUUUUUAUACAUAUUAUAGACAAGGAGUGCUUUUACCAGGCUCUGUCUGACAUAACAAUUGUUAACUGCAUAUCUGACAUAAGAAUUAUUAACUGCUGUGACACAUGGUUAUGUCUGACAUAACAGUUGUUAACUGCCAUUACAGAGGCUUAUAUCUGACAUAAAAAUUGUUUACUGCUGUGACACAAGGAUAUACCUGACAUAAAAAUUAAUAACUGAUAUAACACAAUGAUAUAUCUGACAUAAGAAUUUUUAUCUGCCAUUACAGAAGCUUAUGUCUGACAUAAGAAUACUACUUUCAACAUAAGAAUGGUAAAUGGCCAUGGCAGAGAAAUGUAAUUAACAUCAAACUAGUAACCCAAUGCACUAAAUCCAACAUAAGGAUUGGUAACGGUUGAGACAAGUGUUGACAAAAGAAUUAAGCUUUGACACAGAUCUAUUCUGUAUAUAAGAAUGUUUUUAACUGCUACAACAGAGUAAUUUCUCCAUCAUGAGAAUAAUUAACUGCUUUGACACAUAGUUGUGUAUGACAAGAGUAUUAACUGCUUAAACACAUGGUUGUACCUGGCAUAAGAAUUGUUAUGGUAACUUGUUUAUUAGGGGAAACUUACCGUUUCGGAAACAAUUUGUGAGUUUUCCCUACUUCCCGAACGUGAACCAAUAUUAUAUAUAGUAAAUUGCUUCCCAUUCAGGAAGCAAACUCACAGGUUUUUACUUGUUUAUUUCAAAAGGCUUGGUGCAAUUCUACCUUUCAAGAACUUUUUAAAUAUAUUAAUAAAAUUUUAUUAAACUUUUUGGAUUUCUGUGGCAGUUGAAAUAUACAUUGUAUAUUUUUUCUCUUCUAGGUUGCUUUCCUACCUCUUUCUAGGGACUUUGUGUAGUUUUGUAUACAUCAGCUCUUACAUAAUAUGAGAACACUCCAGUAAAUUCACUUUCCCACAAAUUCAAAUUAUUAUAUUACUUAUUCAAAUUAAAUGCAAUUUAAUGUAUAUUAUGUAUCUCAGUUUCCUGAUUGGGAAGUUAAAUUUUCCAUUCGGGGAACUCUAAAAUUUAGAAAUUCUGAAUUUGAAUAAAAAAUUUAUUAAGACAUUUAAAAAAAAUAUAAAAGGUAGAAAUAGAAAAAUAUCUCGGGCCUCAUUAAAGUGUGUUUUAUUUAAUGAUAUUUUUUAUGCACCGGUCCUCUGAAAGAAAAAAGAAAAGAUAGUGAUUUUGCUUCCCGAAAUGGAAGCAUGUUACUAUAUUUAGCAUCAAGUUUCCUGUUCAGGAAGUAGGGAAAAACCCAUAGAUUGUUUCCCGAACUGGAAUUUUCCCUGCUGUUGUUUACUGCUUAAACACAAGAUUAUGUCAGACAUAAUUAUAUUUUUUUAAAUCUGUGUUGACACUGAUAUCUGAUACGAAAAUUAUUAUUUCCUUACACCUAGGGUUAUAUCGUACACGACUGUUUCUACAGCAUCGGUACAUGGGUUUAUCAGACAUAAGAAUUAUGUUAAAUGUACAAACACAGCUAGGUCCAACAUACUUUUUCCUGCAAUGAGACAGGGUUAUGUCAGACAUAAAAAUUGCAAUUCAUAUUAAACACUGGACAGUGUCCGACACAUUUUAGGAUUAUAUCUGACACAAGAAUUGCUAACUGCAUGAUGCAGGGGUUUAUCCAACAUAAGAAUUAUAAACUGCUUUGUCCUGGUGUUAUACUGGAAGACUUGUUAUCUACUGUGACACAGGGUUUUAUGUUAUAUAACAAUGAUAUUUACAUGCUACUGCAUUUUAAAUUUAUCUCUGCUGUGGCACUUACACUUUUGACUUGAUUAUCAUACUUAGCAAAUAUAUAAAAUUUCACCGUUUAUUAUAUCAUAAGAUAUUUAAGAACUUCUCAAAGUCAUGUGCAAUAGAUUUUGAAUCAUUA